ACAAGAACAGACAUACGUAAAUGCUGACUUUUUCAAUCCAAACAAAGACCUUUGAUUUAGAGAAUGGAAAACAGCACUCAGUCUUUUUACUUUAACCUAACCAUGUUCAUGAACAUUGGGCACUACCGUUAUCUAGUCUUUGUCUUUUGCCUCCUAAUCUACAGCUUUAUUGUGUCUUCUAAUUUCGCCAUGAUAUUGAUAAUAAUACGGGAGAAAACACUACAUGAGCCCAUGUAUAUUUUCAUUGCAUUUUUAUCUUUCAACUCACUGUAUGGUUCUGCUGGUUUCUUCCCCAGAUUCCUCAUGGACCUUCUGUCUGAUACUCAUUUAAUCUCUCGUCCUGCUUGUUUCACUCAGAUCUAUAUUAUUUACACAUAUGCUUCCUAUGAACUGACCAUUCUCAGCAUUAUGGCAUAUGAUCGAUAUGUUGCUGUAUGUCAUCCUUUACACUAUCACAGAAAAAUGAACUUUAAAACCGUCUACACAUUGGCAUUUUUUGCUUGGUUCUGUCCAGCUUGUUACCUUGUAGUAUCGAUCGAUUUGGUAGUCAAGCUUCCUCUGUGUGGGAACACUAUACAGAAGGUAUACUGUGCCACCUGGAAUAUUGUAAUAUUGUCAUGUGUUACCACUGCUGUUAACAGUGUUGUUGCUAUGUUGGGGGCCGUAGUUAUAGCCUUCCUUCCCUUUAGUUUUAUCUUUUACACCUAUCUGAGAAUUGUGGUUGCUUGUUGGAAAAAGUCAUCAGAGGUUAGGGGAAAAGUAUUACAGAGUUGUCUUCCUCAUGUUAUUUCAUUUUUGAUUUAUUCAGUCACAUCAUUUAGUGAUACUGUACUGAGCCGACUAAAUCUUGAAGAAAUAAAUCCAUUUUUGGCUGUUUUUCUGUCACUGGAGUUUGUUGUUAUUCCUCCAGUUCUGAAUCCUCUCGUGUAUGGCCUUAAAUUACCAGAAAUUAGAAAACACAUUGUAAGGAUGUUAUCAUGGUAUAAAAUAAUCACUUAAAAAUGAUCAAUUAUACCACACCACAACCUAUUGCAUGUCUAUGAUUUUAUAAACACAAACUAUGGGAACACAUUAGUCUACAAAAGCUUAGAGUAGUGUGUUAUUGUGAAGAAAAAGCAUCUGACAUUUUAAUUAACUCUCACUAUAAAACUAAAGUAGAAUAGAGAUCAGAUUACAGAUUUACAAGAUCUCAUAUGCUCCUCAAAUAAUCUGACUAUGAGAAUAUUAAGGCCACAUGUUUUAUGUUCUUAAGAUGUUUAGUGAAAUGAAUUGUCAAAAUGCUGCACACAACACACUGCAGACUGCAGUAUGUGUUGUGUGGAUAUACAUUACUGCAUGUUACUUCACUGUGGACUGGAUUAAAUGAUAAUAUGAUAAACUGAACAUGCUAUUUCACAUUUUUGUUAGGCCUCGACGAUAUGAGAAAAAUCUGCAAUGUGCGACAUCAUUGUUCAAUAUUGUGAUGAUGAUAUGACUUGCGAUAAAUAAACCAAAUAUUUCAGUGUGCAUAUUAGCUAUACUUCUGUCAGCCAAUGUAAAAUUUUUUGGUUACAGAUGGGCAACUAAGAAAGUAUGAUAGAAAGAUAUUGGUUAUGCUUGAAUAUAUGAUAAACCAAAAGUGCACUCGGAGAGUGCAGACCUCUGCCAAGGCAGGUUUCAUGUACGUCGCUGACUGAAAAAUUCUCGAAGCUGGAUCAUGAUCCGGAUUGCCACCAAAAUCUA